CUGCCGAACUGGGCAUCUUCCCACGGACGGGCAUUCCCAUAGACAGUCCCCACUCCCACCCAGGGGCUCUUCUCUGUUUAUAUAGACUCCUGCUCUCUGUCCCGUCUACGUGCUGGCACCAAUGGGCUACCACCGGGUCUUCAUCGGUCGGCUCCCGCGGGACGUUACCAGACAUGAAAUCCGCAAGCUCACGCGCCGCUACGGUCCAGUCGAGGAUAUCCACUGCCUGUCCGGGUUCGCGUUCGUCGAGUUUGACUAUAGCGCGGACGCGAGGGAUUGUGUGAGGGAUUUGGACGGUGUACGGUUCGCUGGAGAGAGACUGCAAGUCGAACCCGCUCGCCUUCAAGAAAGAGCUCCUCCCAGGGAACCUCCUCGUCGCCGUUCUCCAGAUAUUUACAUUCCGCCCAAGCGCAACGACUACAGCGUUACUGUCACUGGACUGCCUGAGAGUGCGAGUUGGCAGGACCUGAAAGACCUCAUGCGUAAAGUUGGAGAAGUCGCUUACGCGGACAUUGAGCGUCCCGGGACAGGGAGGGUGGAAUUUACAUGCGAAGCGGACGUCGAGGAAGCCAUCUCCAAGUUCAACAACUCCGAGCAUGAGGGAAGGACUUUGACCGUCACGCAGAACGCCCCAAAAUGGCAUGACCAGAAAGCCGCAGCGCCCAAAUCCGCUCUUCCCGUCCGUGUGGAUGAAAAGAACGGCAGGCGUAGCGCGUCCCCUUCCCCUGCGCGUGAGAAAACCGCCAGGCGUCCCACGCCACCUCCCUUCAAGAGUAGGUCCCGGUCCCCGAGUGCGCAGCGAGGUCGGAGGUCUGUUACGCCCUCGCCAGUUCCGUUUCGUUGAGCUGCGGUGGUAUCCCUGGACGUGGCGUGCGAGUUUACAGCGUGUGUGUGCCCUCUCCGUUCGUUGCGUGUUCAAGAACGGACUGCCUUUAGUCCUUCCUGUUGUUGUUUUUUGUUUUGUUUGGUGUACUGUAUGAGAAUCGGGAUACCCAUCCUCCGAGCCGCGAGGGCGCACUCCAUGCGUUCGGAAGCUUUUCGCGGAUUCUGCGCAAAACUUAGACAACCC